UCGAGUUAGCAAACAGUGUUUCCGGGUUCCCAUUGUCCCUGAAUGCACCGCCGCUCGGAGUCAUUGUGUCCCACAGUCCGUGAAGGCAGCAGCAGCGCGCGGAGAGAGCGAGAGUCAUGGCUGAAGCGGUGUCUGACGGCGACGUUCAAGCUUUAAAGCCAAGACCCAAACGCAGACGCAUCCUGGACCCUUCAGCGAUCGUCCCAGUGCCCGUCUACUCCAGCAAGGUCAACAGGAGUCUGCAGCUGAAGCCAACAGCAGUGGUCCUGACUGAGGACAAAAACACAGAUGAUGGGGUGGACGAAAGUUUGUGGUCGGGGUUUUCAUCCAAAGAGCCGUCAGCAGCUUUCAUCACCCUCAGUGACGCUGAGGAGGAAGAAACAGAACAAGCGGAGAUGAAAGCAAAGCAAGAAGCCAUCCGCUGCCACUCUCCGUCUCCUCCCGACAGUCCGGUCAAUAAACACUCCAGACAGUUUCUGAAGAAGAUGAGUGAGAUUGACAGAAAGCUCAAGGAGGUGAACUCGCUCCUGUCCCCUGAACCUCAGAACACGAGGUCCAGGCGACGCCCGGGUACGCGGCCGCCCCCAGAAGACGAUGAUGAUGUCAUCGUCGUGAACCCUAACGGUGAGGAUGUCGUCAUCUUGAGCCCAAACUCUGAAGUUCAAAGUUCCCCUUACGCCUCCCAGGCCAGAGAGAUCCCUCUGAAGGUCCGGUGUCGAACGGACAUCCACAAGAUCCCGGUGCUGUCGUGCACACCUUUAAGUGACGUGGUGAGGCAGCUGUCCGUCAUCCUGAACGUCCCUCCUCCUCGCCUCCUGCUGAUGAGGAAGGACGUGGAGCUCCCGACAGCGUCCACCGUCAGCGAGCUCGGCCUCAGCAUCGCAGAUAUCAUCGAAUGUGACGUCAUGGCGGCGGAGGAGCAGAAUGAGACGCACAGCAGGAGCAGCAGCCAAAGCAGCAGAAGCGUGGACGACGGCGGGAUCACCGUGAGGCUGCAGAGCAAAGACAGAGCGUCCUCUCAGGAGUUCUCUCUGCACAGAGACGCGCCGCUCGGCUCCAUCUUCUCCCGCUACAUGUCCAACAUGUCAACCAUUGACAAGAGAAAAGUUCGCUUCCACUUCGACGGCUCCAAAGUGACGGAUCGCCAGACGCCGGCUCAGCUGGACAUGGAGGACGGUGACAUCAUCGAAGUCUGGACUUAACCCUCAGCGUUUUGGUUUUUUUUUCAAAUGAAGUGUUUUGUAAAUAAAUGUUUCCUAGUUUGAUAAUGUUGUUUUUGUAAAUACUUCACUUGUAAAAAUCACCAAAAUACAAAUAUUCUGAUACAAGAUUAUAUUUUCAAUCCCACUCCCUGACGCUCACUGACCUGCUGCCUCUUUCUUUAUCCACUCCUCCACUUCGCUACCUUUCUAUUAAAUCUUUGUUUUAAAAGUGAUGACUGGGUGGCGCCUAUAUUUAAUAAUGCCGAACUUCUCCACCUGCUACCAUCACGUAACCUUUGCACGACCACUUGGAUUACAUUUUGUAUUUGAAGAUUAAUUCUCUGUUUCUGUGUCACUUUAUAAUUUAUGAACAGACCAUCACUCCUCAGGAAUGUCACUCUUUCCCAGACAUCGACUGUCUUUAAUACCAUCUUCAUCCAGACAGACGCUGUCUCAUAAUGUCCUCACAACCUCCAAACCUGUCUUUUAGACUUCUUUCAGUUUGUGCAUAGAAGAAGGAGGACUGGGGACAUGAUAUAAGGUUUGAUGUGGGCGUCUCAGAUGAACCUCUUAAUAGUCAGCAGUUUGUACUCUCAUUCUAACAAACAGGAACCAGACUGAAGCUUCUGGUCCCAAAUGUCAUGCUUGGUUCAUAUCGAUGGGUACCUUGAUGAAUCAUUUACUGAUGUAAAGAUUAAAUGUUCAAUAAAACUUUUUUUUCACACUCAAA